UGUCAUUGUGUGUUUCCUUGUAUGCGUUUGCGUGUGUGUGAGUUGUGAACUUGUAUUGUUGGGGGCGGGGGAGACCCAGAGUUUCGAUUUUCCAUCCAUAUCUAUACUCAGAGAGACAGACAGAGAGAAAGAGAAAGAGAGAGAGAACCAGUGCCAGCGAUUUAGCUGAGUACAUUUUACCACUACCACUACGUCUUUGUCUGCCGUUCCGUGAACAGCUCCGUCAUUUUCGCUGCUCCCGAGUAUGUGUAUUUCUGUGUCUGUGUAUAAUAUUAUUAAUUUUUGCCUCUAUAAACAAUUUAGCAAUAGCCUGUAGUCUCAGUGUAUUUGUUCGUGAAUGUGUGUGAAAAGUGUAAUUUGUUGUUUUGAUGGGCAGCGACAAGAUAAUACAUAUGUAAAUACAUACACCUUAUACACUGUAUGUAGCUAUUUAAGAUACAUAUAUACAUACAUACAUACAUAUGUACACACAUAAAUACAUGCUAUAUGUAAUGUUAAUGCCUUAAGCAGCCCUUUAAUCGUAUUUUAAAUGUAUUCAAUGUAAAAAAAAGUAUUCGUAUACUAUAGUAUACAUAUUCAUACAUCAAGUUGAAAAAAAAGUCGUCGCUGAAGUUGCCUGCCAUGACUACGCAAUAGCAACAACAAGAGCCAUAAAUCAUAAAGAAACAAAGAAUUCAAGCAAAAUAGACACAGCUCAAGACUCAAAGCAAAUCCUAAAUCCAUAUAUAUAUAUAUAAAACAAAACGUACAUCCAAAGUGCGUACAGCACCAGUAUGCUGAACUCAAAUGCCAACAACAACAACAGCAGCCGUAGGUCCUUUUCACGCAACUCCUCAUCGGCCCGUUCCCAUCGUGGCGGACGUAUGCUAUACUCCCCACAUCCGCAUCCUCAGCAGCAGCAGCAGCAACAACAACAACAACAACAGCAGCAACAACGUUCCAAUAACAACAAUAACCUCAUACCUGGACAUAGUCCCUGGUGCAAUGUGAAUAUAAAUCGCAAUGAGAACAACAACAACAACAACAAUCCAAAUAAUAAAGAUGCACUCGAAGGACGAAACUUAAAUUGCGAUGUACAAACAAGUAAUUCUAGCGGAACUUGUAUCUAUAAUAAUAAUAAUAAUAAUAAUAAUAAUAACAAUAACAACAACAAUAGCAAAACAAAUCAGAGCCAUCACACAAAUCACAAUCAUCGCCAUAACCAUCAUCCGAAUCUAAAUCAGCAUCCGCUUUCCCCUCAACCGCCACAGUAUAGUCAAUAUCGUUCACAUGCCUCAACACCCCCAACAAUAAGACAUUCCGGCAACCAUUCACAAGCCACCCAUUCGAUUUAUGGAUCGGGGGGUUCUAGUCACUCCUCCGCACAGAACUACUAUGACAUUUGUCAUCACAAUCGGUCAUCAGAUGGCUCGCCACCGCUUCCUACAUACGGAUCCAUGUCCGUAUCCCUUGUCCGUCUGAACCCGGCCCGCUUAUGUGUUACUGUAGCCGCCCCCGCACCCAGUCCAAUAUCACCCUUACCAUCCGCUAUCCAUCCUGAACAACGCCGUCCGCCGCCACCUCCACCACCACCGCCACCACCUCCUCCUCUGAUUGUUACCUAUCCCAGCGAUCCCCGUUGUCACAAUUCCCAACGUCCUCAGUAUCAGCCUCACUAUCAAUACCACCAUCAUUACCACCAACAAUACCAAUACCAAAACCACCACCAACACCAACACAAUCAUCAACAUUAUCACCAGCAACAACAGACUAAUCGCCAAUCCCUCCCGCUAACACGUACGAUUUCAAAUUCAACCAACGCAACAACUUUAAAUUCAAAUUCAAUCAGUCCAACAACAAAUAGUAAUCUCACUGAUGUUGUGAAUGUAAAUUCUUGUAACGAUAUAAUUCCGAUUCCCCCUGGGUCGUCAUCGUCGUCGUCGUCCUUGACGCCGCAACAACAACAAUUUAAUAAUGCAUCCGCACCCAUCAAUAGCCAUAACAACCAGGGACAAGGAUCACAUCAACACCAACAACAGCAGCAGCAGCAGCAACAACAGCAACGCAACUAUCGCGGAAAUGGUGGAAAUAAUGGUAAUGUGAACGGUCCAUCCGAUUAUAUGAACUAUCGUCGCGGUGGCAUCUGUCCACCCUUAUCACGCGAUUAUGCCGGCAGCAAUAACAACAACAGCAAUGGACACAAUCGUCGCCACAUGACAGAGAACCAUGCCUCGUCAUCCAUGAUGGCCAAUCAGCAUAUUUCAGGACAAGGUGGAGGUCACCAUCAGCGCAAUUUCAACGAUAGAAAUUCGAAUCAUUUUGGGAACUCAGAUCAAGAUCAUCGAUCUGAAAGCUCCAAUUAUAACUUCAUGCGCAAUGGAAACGGAGGUUAUGGCCGGAAUGGCAAUUCGCACUACCAGCAUCUGAACAAUAGCAAUGGAUAUGGAAACAACAACAACAACAACAAUGGUCCUUCCUCGUCCUCCGGCGGUCCCGGCUUAAUGGGUGAACUACCAUCUGGUUCUGGACUAUCAGGAUCGACAUUGUCAUUGAAUAACAAUAACGGAUCUGGUCUCAAUUCAGACAGUCCGUCGCGCAAACGUCGUCGCAUCUCGGGAAGGCCGAGCCAAUCGCCGCCAGCAAUUUGGGAGCCAAGGCGCUCGCAACGUGUCAUAAUGCAACAGGGCAGUCCGCCUUUGCGUAGGCCUCGUUUGCGUGAUGUUGCCACAUCCACACAGCAACAGCAGCAGCAGCAACAGCAACAAUAUGCACACGCCCAGCAGCAGCAACCGCCGCCGAAUUAUCAUCAGAUGCACCAUUAUCAACCGCAGUCCCAUUAUGUUACUCAGCAGCAGCACCAACAACCACCACCCCAUCCUCAGAGAUCGCCGUGGGAUAUGCCCGGCAAUGGUCCAAACGGAGGAUCAAAUGCCGGCAAUGGUGGCGGACCAUCAAGCAGUUCAGUGGGAGCCAUUUUGCAACAGGUACAAGGACCGCCUCAGCCUCCGCCACCGCCGACUUCGUUGAUGGUCGACCUCAAUUUGAACCAGGUACCCGUCAGCCUAGCUCUACGCCAAGAGCCCAUCUGGGCUUCGUUCUGCACAUACCCGAUGCCGGCGCAGGCCCGCCUGGCUCCGUGCCAUCUGCACGGCGUAUACACACCCUUCCCCGCACCGCCGCCCGGCCUAGCCGCUGCCCCGCCCAUGCAGGUAGCCCAACAGGUACCUACACCCACACAAAUGGCAGCCGCAGCAGCUGCUGCCCAGCACAUGAUCGCGCAGGCCACGAUCACAGCCCAACAGCAGCAGCGGGACGUGGCUGCCAUUGCCGUGGCCAAUCUGACACCAAUUGAGCCAACCGUAACGGCCCACCAUUUAGACGGCCAUCAUGCCGCCGCCCCCGGCCCGGUAACGGCCCAACCGCCACAUCCACAUGCCCACCAGCUAGCACCCGGUAUCCACAUAGCAUCUAUGAGUGCCGCUGCUGCAGCGGCCACUCAUCAUCUACAUUCCACGGCCGCUGCUGCUGCAGCCGCCGUCCAGGUAUCCCAGAUGGCUGGUCCACCACAGAUCAUAAUGUCAUCGGAGCGUCGCACAUUCCCACCUCAUCGUCGUAUACCGCGCUUCUGGCCCGCCAAUCAUGGACAGCAUCGUCAUGUUCUGCCUCCACAAUCGCUGGCAGCUCAUCAAGCUCCCGUUCAAAUCCAGACAACAGCGGGCAUUAUUAAUCCGGGCUUCUUGCUCAACUUCCUCGCCAUGUUCCCGCUUUCGCCAUAUAACCAGCAUGAUCUUACCUCCGGAGACACCAACGAGACUGAGAACUAUGAGGCGCUGCUCAGUCUGGCCGAACGUUUGGGCGAGGCCAAGCCUCGUGGUCUUUCACGCAACGAGAUUGAUCAACUUCCUAGCUACAAAUAUAAUCCGGAAGUACACAAUGGUGAUCAAACAUCGUGUGUGGUUUGUAUGUGUGAUUUUGAGCUGCGACAGCUUCUGCGUGUUCUGCCGUGUUCCCAUGAGUUCCAUGCCAAGUGUGUCGACAAGUGGUUGCGGUCCAAUCGCACAUGCCCCAUAUGCCGUGGCAAUGCUUCGGAUUACUUUGAUGGUGUCGAUCAGCAGCAACAGGCCACUCAGACUGCUGCUGCUAGUGGGGCUGGUGGGGCUAGUGGUGGUGGUGCCUCACAACAUGCUACAGUUACCAGCAAUCCGUCAUCGUCAUCAUCAUCAUCAUCAUCGGCAGCAGCAGCCGCAGCAGUAGCAGCUGCUGCAGCCACCGCCGCCGCAGCCGCCGCUGCUGCAGUCAAUCCUCAGCAGAGUCAAGCUGCUUAGGACCUUGGCCAUGGGCCAGGCGUAUCCGUACCCAUACCCAUCAUUAUAUUCCAAACGCAUUCGCCAACAGCAGCCGUAGCAGCAGAAGGUGCAAGAGGAUGGAGGUGGUGGAAGGAAUCGUAACCUUCACUUGAUGUAACUGCCAAAAUGCUAACCUUUCACCCCCUCACCUCACCCACAUCCACACAAUCAAAGCCAGCUUCAUCCUACACCAACAAUACUUUCAAUUAGCUUAUGUAUGUAGAUACACACGAGUUUCACAGAUCUAGGGCGUGUCUAGGAUUAUAUACUUCUGAUUCCUCUCCCACGCUCACGUAUCCUGGUCCCCCGCCCUCUUUCCCAGCCCUCCAAUUAGAGCCGAGUACAUUCUAAUUUUUAUAUACAUACAAAACAUAAAUUCGUACAUACGAUAUAUACAACA